GUCCUUCCUACUAUAGUCCAGAGGCCUGUGGAUGUUGCUAGAAAGGGCAUUAGAGCAGAGCUAAGUAGGAGUAAUCCAGCACUGCAGUAGCAGUUUUAGCAGAAACACAUUAGGACAUUCUCACUAAAUACUCAGCUGAUCAGCACAGCACAAAGGACUAAAGAAAAACCUCAAUCAUAGCAGGAAGCCCUACCUGCGCUUCAGCAUGACACAGGGAAAGGUGUCUGUUAAUAACAAACCUCAAAAUACUGGUGGAGAAACAACUCCAUCAGCUCCACCAACCUAUGAAGAGGCAACAUCAGAAACCAAGGUUGGAGCUUUCCCAGCACCUCCUCCAACAAUACCUCUGCACCCCAGCUGGGCAUAUGUAGACCCAGGCAGCAGCCCCGGCUAUGGGAGUGGUGGUUACUCUGGUGAUACAGAGAUGCUAACAACCUUCAGCUGGGAUGACAAGAGUGUUCGUAGGAUGUUUGUUAGAAAGGUCUAUGCAGUUCUAAUGGUCCAGCUUCUUAUCACAGUUAGCAUUGUGGCCCUCUUCACCUUCUGUGAUCCAGUUCGUGAAUAUGUCCAGACAAAUCCUGGCUGGUACUGGGUAUCUUAUGCUGUAUUCUUUAUUACCUACAUGAUGCUGGUCUGCUGCUCUAAACUUAGGAGGUACUUCCCAUGGAACUUCAUCUUCCUCACUAUCUUUACUCUGGCAUUAUCCUACAUGACUGGGAUGCUGUCAAGCUAUUUUGAAACAAAAUCAGUAGUUCUUUGCCUUGGUAUCACAGCUUUGGUGUGCUUGGCCGUCACUUUAUUCAGCUUUCAGACAAAGUUUGACUUCACAUCAUGCCAAGGAGUGCUAUUUGUCCUGCUGAUGGUCCUGUUUUUCAGCAGUAUUAUCCUGGCCAUUGUUGUCCCAUUUCAGUAUGUUCCAUGGUUACAAGCUAUAUAUGCUGUGCUUGGGGCAAUAAUAUUCACAAUGUUUCUGGCAUUUGACACACAGCUGCUGAUGGGAAACCGACGCUAUUCUUUAAGCCCUGAAGAACAUAUAUACGCAACUCUCAGCAUCUACUUGGAUAUUGUCUACAUCUUCUCAUUCUUUCUGCAGAUUGUUGGGGCCAUCCGUAAAGAUUAGCCUUAGCAUAUUCUAAUGCUUGUACUUGGGCAAGUGGAAUGUAAAUGCAUUUUCAUUUUCAGACAAAACAUGCAGCUUCUAGAACUAGGCCCUGGGCAAACAUGCAGCUUGUAUAAAAGCAUAUUUAUUUAAAAUAUGUAUCGGGGUAGGACUCUGUAAAUGUAAAGUAAGGUGUAUCAGCCCUCCGUGCAUGGUACAUGAAAAUGAGAUUUUAUUGGAAAAUACACAACUUCGUACCACAAGUGAUUUAAUGUAUUAUAAACCAAAGAUUCAUUAAUUUUUUCCUAAUAUGCACUCUGAUUGGUUAGUGUCCAUUGUGUUAAAAAAUUUGCUUGUGCAUAUUAGUUCCUUUAACAUAGUGUGGAUGUGGACAUUUUUCUUUUAAAGCAAGUGCUGUACUUUUACUUUAAGAAGAUUAGACUAAAUUUCAGUGUUACAGUCUGACAUGUGUAUACAUUUAAUGUUUCCAUUCGGAUCAUUUUCAGAAGUGUGACAUCCCAAAGAGCCUCCAGUGCUGAUUGCAUAAAGUGAUUGAGUCAAUGUUUAAACCUCAGCUGCGAGGGUGGACAGAUUUGAUCACAAGUAACAUUAACUUCAGCUGUAUGUAAUACCAUAAGCUCCAAAUACCUUUUCUAGGUUUACAAACAACAAUUCUAGAACUGCUGUUGUGUAUCCACCAAUAUCUCUUUUUAUACUGUACUGAACAUUGAUUUUCAUGCCAUGUACAUUGGCGCAUGGUUCUCUUACCCUCGGCUACUGACAUUUGCCCUUAUUACCCAGUAACCCAUUCAUUCCAUCGUCUUGGGUAUGGUGAAGUCCUACCAUAUCCCUUUUGAUAGGUGGAUACUUUUAAAUUGUUAGAGAAGGCCUUGUGAUAUGUCUUGGUGAGUUUUUCACCUCAUUUUCCUAAGGACGAGAGUCAGGAACAGGCACUGUAUAUAUAACUUGGAGGGGAUUUGUAGGUGUGCAGGGGACUCCUAAGGGGGUAGAAUAAGGCCAAAGUAAUGGAUGUUAUCAUUUAAGUUGCUCAUCUGCUCAUGCCCUCCUCUGUUACUGGAUGGUAGCCUGGGUCUUCAGCUAGGAAGUUCACACUCUGGCCUCUACUAGAGCAUUUCUGUGCCAUACAGAGAACUCACUUCCUUAUCCAGGAUGGGUAAGAUUUUGUAAGCUGCUCAACCCCCAUACCUUAGCUCCUGUAGUACCUGAAAAGCUGUGUGAACUUGGGUAAUCUGCAGUGAAGUAAGGGCUCUAUUCCACUAUGCCAUAGAGCUGGUUGCACAUGGCACUGUUGUGAGUACUGACUUUACAUGAUGGACUUGUAUUUUUAAAGCUUUCAUGGUAUUUGCUUGUAAAAUGUGAAAAGAUGAUCUUGUUUUGGACUAAUUUAAGUAAAUACUGUAGAAAAUGUCUGAGGCUGAAUAUCAGAAAACUGUGAAGAUUUUCUACAAAGUCAUUUAGUACAACAGACUUGAAGCUUGGAUGAAGCAGAUAGGCACCACAUGUGAAGCACCAUUUUCUAUGGCCCUUUUUAAAAUAUUCUGACAAGUUUAGUUUGCAUAUGACUAGGUUUCAGGGUGUAGAAAUGUUUACAUAAUAUAUUUUUGACAGUCACCCAGCUGUUUGAUUUCACUAUAACCAAUGUGAAUGUGGCCCUAAGAAUUGCAAUCACUGCUUACACAAUGAACAACACUCUCCACUGGUAAAAUAGAUUUAGUCUAAAAGUGGAGUUCAGUGAUGGACCCUUUACUAAUUUAGCUACAUCGCUCAUAAGGAUCACGCCUGACUUGAUACCUUAGUAGUAUUCUGGCAAAGUAGGCACCUAUAGAGGUUCAGGUGCUUGUUUGAGCUUCCUGAUCAAGAGAAUUACGGUAUAUUUUUUUCUGUCGAGGCCCCAUUGUACGCUCUCAUCCUGCUAUCAAGAAUGCUUGUGUGCGGUAGUGUUAGCACUUGUGGGUGUUUCUGUUCAGAAAUAUGCAGCAUACUACCUACUGCUACACCAUACUGGAACACUACUGUCCCACAGCCACCACUACGAAGUGGAAUAAUUCUUACCAAAUCAUCACUGCUUUCUCCACAAUAGGAAUAACUCUCUGACGUCCAUAUCCCUCCCCCCAGGUGAACAUCCAGCAGCCUGUUAGUAUCAGACUGCGAGGGAUAAGAGAAUAAGAGUGUAAGCAGAUAAUGAUCUGCACCUUUUGAAGCAAGUUGCUUGCUAUAGUUUUAAGUAGAAGAACCUUUUUUUGUCUUCAAAGUGAAGACAUUUUUUAAUUUUAAGCUGUGUUUCUGGCAAAUCAGGAGUCCAAUCAGCCUAAAAGCCAAUCUUGGAUGUUCAGCAAAGAGUUUUUAGCUUAUAGUCAGUCACACUGCCUUUUCUUUUUUGUAUUAAGAUUUGAAAACCUGGUAAAGGAGCAUGACUCUUUAUUAAGUCAAAUAUUAAGAAUAGCCCAGAAGAUAUUCCUUUGAUAGAGGUUUAAUUUAAUUGCAUCUUCCUUUAGAAAAACAGAGCUACCCAUACUAAUAAGAAUACAAGUAAAUGGCAUCAUAAUUAUUAAUGCUGUCCAGUAAAUAAUUGUGAAGUAUUUUAGGUGGGAUUUAAUUAUCUGUGUUGUAGCCUUGGUAGAGAAUUUCACUGUGGUUGUCUGUAAUGCCACUGCUAGAUGAAGAAGAUAAAAUUGUUUUAUCCUGGGGACACACCCUGAUAUAGGACAGCUUUAUGGGGGCAGUAUCAGCUGAUAGUUUGGUGGACAUGACACUAGAUGACACCAUUUGGUAAACAUAUAUUUAUCGACUGUAAAACAAGCAGCUAAAACAGUACUUUUGGUACUUGUGAUCCUUUAGGACCCAUGGUAGAGCCCAUCCUGGGAUAUUUUGAAGUUGAGUGUUGAUGGCAUGGUUUCAGGUGUAGGAGUGCAAAUUUCAACAAUGUGAAUCAUCAGAAUUUACAAAUAUAUACAUUAAAGGGCAGAGUCAGUGUUGUUGCUAGAUUUUACCCCAACUUAAUGAUGUCAAGGAGGGUUUCUUAAUGUUUGCCAUCUUAUUAGCAUGUGCAAUUGACAUUAUCAAGUGUCUGAAAUAGCAUAAAAUAUUUGCAGCAAAUGGAGUGUGUGUGAAGCAGUCUGUAGACCCUGUGUGACUGGGGUGUUUGCACCACUCUCUGGUAUACCAAGCAAGCUGAUGGAGCGGUCCACUCACUGGCCUAUCAUUUUUUAGGGAGGGGGCUAGUCUUGAUCUCUUUCUGGAGUGUUGCAAAGACGAGUCAUGGCUACACUGGUUGAAGAGGCCAGUCAUUAACAAAAGCAGUAGGCUGGAUACUAGACACUAAUCAGCACUGGGUGGGUAAGCAUAGGGGCCUGGCGUUGAUGAAUGUUCCCCAAGUUCUAGAUUCUGACUGCUGACAUACUUGAGAGGCAGGGGAUGCAGGAGACAUUGACUACUGUCAUGCUGGUUGUGCAUGGAUAUCUUUUUUGUUUAUGGUUUAUCUGGCUUUUCCAUCUGGAUUGAGGUCCAUUUUCAGUGGAGAGCAGGGAACACUGCCUGGUUAAGUGAAACACUCAGAGACAUAUGGUAUGCAAAUAGAAGCUAAGAGUCUCAAAACCAGGACUACAGUAUGAAGCUAUUUAAUAACUUUAAGCCUUAAUCCUCUGUGGUAAACUACCAGUUGACAGAUAUUUACAGCUCAGUCUUUUACAGUCUGGAUGGGUAAGGUUGGAGGAAACUUAAUUAACUACUGAUCUAUCUGUGUGAAUUUGAGACAUGCUCAGUUUGCACCCAGGAUAGUAAUCUAAGGUAAUGAAGAUCUUGUUACUGAUAGUUGAGAUGUGCAAGUUAGAAGCUGGCAUAUUCAUCUUGCCAGAUUUUUUUUUGCACACUGUACUGUUGGUAGGAUGGUUGCUGUGAGAGUAAAGUGUCCUUCAAGACCUACAAAUCACCAAUGUAGAUCUAUACCUAAAGAUCAAACUGUAAAAAAUGCACCAGGAAUCCACAAAGCUUUUGAAUUGAGAAUGCACAUCAUUAACUUUGACAGUAUUUGGAAAAAAAAAACAUGCAUUUUUGCAGAGAUCUUGCACCCUAGAUCCCCAACCCCUGCAUCUCUACAUAUGUUAACUCUGACAUUAGGUAACCUUGUGGCUAAGGAUAAACCUCCUUGCCACUACAUAUCUGUGAUUUCACUGAAUUAAUAGAAAGUGUUCGACUAAACAUGGAAAUCAGUAAAAAUAUACUAUUCCUGUUGCCCUUAACUCUGUUGUGAUGUCUAUCCUUAAAGACACAGCAUGUCUUUAAGGAUACUUUGUAUAUACUUUGCAGCGUGACAGUAGCAACCUGCACAACCCAGGAUAAGGAGCCUUUAUGAGCAGAAGUCACUCAAUGCCCCAGAUUUUACACCUGGAAUGAACACAAAAUAACUGGAUUGUAUUGGGUAGGGAGUGCUGGCAUGAACACAAAAUAAAUGGCUUGUAGUGGGUAGGGAGUGAUUAAUGAAUGCCAGUCUCUUAACUGCUUUAAACAAUGCUGUUAACAAACAUUAUAACGAUAGCAGAAUUAUGUCUGGGUUUGUCUUAACUUCUUUUUUUAUCAGAAAUAACCAUUUUUCACCAGUAGAAAAGCAGCUAGGAAAUAUAAGUAGAAAUGGAGGUGGAGUGGAGUGGCUGUGAUAAAAACUUAUUACUGCACUAGAAAUAAAUUAGACAAAUGCUUGGCUGUUACAUCUUACUUUAACAUUUACCUACGCCGAUAACUAGCUCUAUUUUGCUUGUGGUGUAUUUGCUAGUUCUGAAACACUGGGUAUGUAAGCAUGUAUAUUAUACCACCCUGUAUACUGUAUAAGUACAGAAAUGCUCUUUGUAAUUCUCUCUGGUUACAUUUCUUAUCUUGGAAAUUUAAACAAGUAGCUGCUAAGAAUGCAUUUUAUACUACAAAGCCAGUCAUGGUAAUUUUAGUCAUGAGUGGUAAUUCUCAUAAAUGUUCCACACGUUAUUCUAAUUAUAGCAAUAUGUUAAGUGAAAAUAAUUUAAAGAAAGGCAUUCAGAAUUGUAAAUUUUGUAUUUCUAGAGGCAUCCUGUCAGCAGAGAUGGAAGACUGUAGGUUAGAGUCCUGUCAAAAUCUUCCAAAAGCAACCCAAUUUUGAUUGGGGUUUCACACAAGGUUGGGGGUUAGAACCUAUGAAAAAAUUGGGAAGGCAGUUUAGCAGCCCAUAAAAUAUUUCCUGUUGUAUCACCAAAUAGAAGCCGUUUACAAUCCAAGCUACUGAAUUGAUGGAGCAGGAAGACUAGAACUGCCACCUGUUUGUUACAUGACUACAGCUCUGAAACACAGAACCUUGCAGACAUUUGUAGUACUACAAAAUAUUUUAAUUAUGGAAUUAAGUACACAUUUUCCGAGCUGCAAAAUGUCAGGUUUUUAUGAUGUGACUUGUGAUUUUCAUCUGCAGGAAAGGAUACAGGUAUGCAGUUUCUCACUAUGCCCAGGCUGGUAUCUAAAACUGAAGAACAUAUAUUCAUAGAUACAUUCUGAAGUCAGUGAUAUUGAAUGCCAGAUUUCAUGACUGUCUUGCACAAAUCCAUUUAAGAAAGGGUUUCACAUGACACUAAAGCUUCACUCUGUUAGUCUGAACAGUAGGGAAGCUUUUAGCUAUGUCAAGUUAUGUUAUCCAGCAUCAAAGAAAAAAAACAGUAUUAUAAAUUAAAUACAGGAAAUGAGCUAAUCUUCUGUUUUGUUAUGGAUUAGUUCUAAAAAGCAGAUAGACACACACACACACACACACACACACGCACACACACACACACACACACACACACACACACACACACACACACACACACACACUAUUUAAUGCCUACCAUUCCAUUCAAUUUUUAGAAAGGAUUUCUACCAUGCACGAAUGAACAAGGAAUAAAUUCUUGAAAUCUGGAAGAAUAAGCUUUAGUAUACCAUUGCAGGAGAAAUAUAAUAAUAGUUAUCAGCAGGAUAAUGUUCACAUAAUUUUAACUUUUGGAAUAGGAGAAACCAUAACUAAGAAUUGAUCUGAAGAUGUUUUGCAGCCUUAAUGCCUGGGAAGAACAGACUUGUUAGGACUGUGGUAAAGAAAUGUUAUAUUUUACUGAUGGUAGGCAUAGGAAUCUCAAAGAUGAUCACAUUGCUACUGGAGGAUACAGAGGACAGAAAUCAGCAAAAAGCAGUCCCUUAACUGUUAUGGCCUUAUGUUUAUUUGGAAGAUAUGGGAUAACUAAUUAACAAAAUACACAUUUUAGGCCUGCUUGGUAUUAGUCCUCUAUUAUGUCUCUAUAAGUCUGCAACAUUUUAAUACAACCACAUCUGGUUGCAAGUGUCAACCAUAAAGCUAAAUAUCUGUGAUCAGGAAACUAACGCAAAAUUCAAAGGAAAAAAAAACUACAACAUAGAUGGA